AUGGCCGCCACGGCAACGCUCCCUCAAAAGCGGGUGCUCGGCGAGACCAAGACGCGUCAAAACAUCCCAUCAACCCCCCCCUCGGCGGCCAAGAAGCGCAGGACGGACGGGUUCCCCUCGUCAUCUCAGAAUGGCGUGCACAGCAAGCUGGCCUCGGGCCAGCAGACCAAGAGCGUCUUCGAAUCCGAGGUGCUCGAGAAGCUGAGCCAAGACAUAUCGGCAGCCAAGCAGAACAGCAAGUUCGACAGGGACCAGAGCUGGGACCGUCCGCCCGUGGCGGAGGGCUUCAACCCGGCGACCGACAGCCUGGCCUUCCAGUCCAUCGAGGCCGAGGAGGGCACGCUGAACGGUGGCAACGCCACCGUCAAGCUAUUCGGUGUCAACAACAGGGGCAACUCGAUCAUGCUGCACGUCACCGGCUUCAAGCACUACCUCUAUGUUGCCGCCCCGGUGUCGUUCCAGCCGCAUGACUGCUCUGCCUUCAAGGCCUUUCUCGAGGCCCAGAUGGCGCAGCAUCAGCCCGUCAUCCACUCUGUCUCCCUGGUCAUGAGGGAGAGCAUCUAUGGUUUCCAGGGGAACACGCAGAACCCGUAUCUCAAGAUUACCGUCACGGAUCCCAAGUUUAUCGGACGCGUGCGCAUGAAUAUCAAGGAAGGGAAUGCCAAUUGGAAGGGCAUGUGGAAGGUUGUCGACGGUGGGAUCAUGACGUUUGACAAUAUCCAAUACGUCCUCCGCUUCAUGGUCGACUGCAAGAUCCAAGGCAUGGCCUGGGUGGAAGCUCCCGCCUCGACGUACAAGCUCAUACCCGAAAACAGCCGGCAAUCCAACUGCCAGAUCGAAGCCGAAAUUGACUACCGCGCACUCAUCGCACACGAGCCCAAGGGGGAGUGGCUCAAGAUGGCCCCCCUCCGCAUCCUGUCGUUUGAUAUCGAAUGCUGCGGUCGCAAGGGCAUCUUCCCAGAGGCGGACCAGGACCCCGUCAUCCAGAUUGCCAACGUGGUGACGCGGUACGGAGAGAAGAAGCCGUUUGUGCGCAACGUCUUCUGCCUGGACACGACGAGCUCCAUCGUGGCGACGCACAUCCUCGAGUACGAGAGGGAGGACAAACUGCUCAAGGGGUGGCAGGAGUUUGUGGAGCGCGUCGACCCGGACGUGGUGACGGGCUACAACACGUCCAACUUUGAUAUUCCCUACCUCCUCGACCGAGCCAGGCACCUGAAGGUUGGGGGCUUCGAGUACUGGGGCCGCAUCCCCGGAGUGCCGUCCAAGGUCAAGGAGAGCAACUUCUCGAGCAAGCAGAUGGGCAGCCGCGACUCCAAGACAACCAACAUCAACGGCCGCCUGCAGCUGGAUCUCCUGCAGCUGAUCCAACGCGACCACCACCUGCGAAGCUACACGCUCAACUCGGUCUGCUCGCACUUCCUCGGCGAGCAAAAGGAGGACGUGCACUACACCAUGAUCACGGAGCUCUUCAACGGCACGCCUGAGUCGCGGCGACGUCUGGCCCUCUACUGUCUCAAGGACGCCUACCUCCCGCAGCGGCUGAUGGAGAAGCUGUCGUGCCUGGAGAACUACACGGAGAUGGCGCGUGUGACGGGCGUUCCCUUCAACUUCAUCCUCACGCGUGGCCAGCAGAUCCGAUUUAUCAGUCAGCUGUACCGCAGAGGUCUCGAGCAGAAGCUCGUGAUUCCCGACAUCAAGCCUCAGGGCUCGGACGAGCAGUACGAGGGAGCCACGGUCAUCGAGCCGACGCGCGGGUAUUACGACAUGCCGGUGGCGACGCUGGAUUUCGCAUCCCUGUACCCCAGCAUCAUGCAGGCGCACAAUCUGUGCUACACGACGCUGGUGAACAAGCAGGCCAUCGACCGGCUCGGGCUCAAGAAGGGCGAGGACUACAUCACGACGCCCAGCGGCGAGACGUUUGUGACGACGAAGCAGCGCAAGGGGCUCCUGGCACAGAUCCUGGAGGAGCUGCUGAUUGCGCGGAAGCAGGCCAAGAAGGACCUGGCGCGGGAGACGGACCCGUUCAAGAAGGCGGUCCUCAACGGCAGGCAGCUGGCGCUCAAGGUGACGGCCAACAGCGUGUACGGCCUCACGGGUGCGGCGCAGACGGGCAAGCUCCCCUGCCUGGAGAUUGCGCGCAGCACGACGAGCUUCGGCCGGCAGAUGAUUGAGAUGACGCGCGACGAGGUGAUGCGCAGGUACACCAUCGCCAACGGGUACGCGCACGACGCGCAGGUCAUCUACGGAGACACGGACUCGGUCAUGGUCAAGUUUGGCACCAGCGACCUGGCCGAGGCCAUGAGGCUGGGCGAGGAGGCGGCCCAGUACGUCACGAGCAAGUUUGCCAAGCCCAUCAAGCUCGAGUUCGAGAAGGUCUACUUCCCCUACCUGCUCAUCAACAAGAAGCGGUACGCCGGCCUGUACUGGACAAACCCGGACAAGUACGACAAGAUGGACACCAAGGGUAUAGAGACGGUGCGCAGAGAUAACUGCACGCUCGUGCAGACGGUGAUUGAGAAGGUGCUGAGGAUGAUCCUGAUUGAUCGUGAUGUUCCUGGAGCACAAGACUACGUCAAGGACAUGAUUGCCGACCUGCUACAGAACAAGGUGGACAUGUCGAAGCUGGUGAUUACGAAGGCGCUCACCAAGGACGACUACGCAGCCAAGCAGGCGCACGUGGAGCUGGCGCACCGGAUGAAGAAGCGCGACGCAGGAUCGGCGCCGGGGCUCGGGGACCGGGUGGCGUACGUGAUGAUCCGAGGAGCGGCGGGGGCCAAGAACUUUGAGAAGUCGGAGGACCCGAUCUUCGUGCUGGAGAACAACGUGCCGAUCGACACCAAGUACUACCUGGACAACCAGCUGGCCAAGCCGCUGGGGCGCAUCUUUGAGCCGAUCCUGGGCGAGACCAAGGCGCGCUCGCUGCUGACGGGCGACCACACGCGGACCAUCUCGGUGGCGGCGCCGUCGGUGGGCGGGCUGAUGAAGUUCGCCAAGAAGACGCAGACGUGCAUGGGCUGCAAGAAGCCGCUGACGGGCAGCGAGGAGAAGGCCGGGGCCGUGUGCUCCGACUGCGCGCCGCGGGUGGGGGAGCUGUACAAGAAGACGCUGGACCGCGUGUCGGACCUCGAGGUGCGCUUCGGGCGGCUCUGGACCCAGUGCCAGAGGUGCCAGGGCAGCAUACACUGCGAGGUGAUUUGCAGCAGCAAGGACUGCCCCAUCUUUUACAUGCGCAUGAAGGCCAAGAAGGAUCUCGAGGACGCCGGUAAGGAGUUGGGGAGGUUUGAUGCUGAUCAAGCUGCUGUGUGGUGA